AUGAUAAAAAGACCUGGGGAGCCAGAACCAAAGUCAUGGGCAGAACUUUUAAAGCAAGAAGAAGCCAGGAGGAACGCUCCACCUGAUAAAUCAUUUUAUGUUCGCGAAAAAAUUAAACAAUACCAAGAUGGUGGUAUCUUUGGACAAGAACCAGAGCCGAAUGAGGAAUACACAAAGACAAAAAUCAAUUGCGAUUCUCAUUUUUAUGCAACAGAUAAUCUUUUCGAUCCACCAGAGGAAGUUAAGCGAAAAGUCAAGCCUUCUAAUGAUCAUGGCUUAGAUCUUUUGUCAUGGAAUGGCAAGAAAGGAUUCAAAGAUGAGGCUAAGCCAAGACAAAUGCGCGAAAUUACACCUUCAUAUGAAAACACCGAAUUUGAUUCUGUUACAGGCGUUGCAAAAACCAAUGCAUUCAAGAAUUCAAUUACUCAAAUCCUUAAACAGCGCGAACGUUCAGAAAAAAUCAUGGCUACUCGUUCAAUUGAUCCUAUUUCAAAUACAUUCCCUACUGCAAAUCUCGAGGCCACACGUGCAAAGAGCGAAUUGGAUGCAAGAACCAGAACUCAUGAGUUCAAGCUGAGCAGAGUGCCGCCAAACGAGAGAAGAGCCAUGGAGAAUACAGUUAACAUUGUUACUGGCGAAACAACCGAUGAAAAGGUUGCAAACGAGUUUGUUAAGGACUUUAGCUCCUCGUGCGAAAGAAAUAAGAAGUCUAUUGCUCGCGAAAAAGAAAUUGUUGAACAAAGAGAAAAAAUAGCAGCGCGUGAAACAGAAAGAAUCGGCUGCCGUUAUAAUUUAGAAGGCAGACAGAAAGAUCUCAGAGACUACAACCUCAUAACUGGACAAGAUGUCCAAGUUUGCAUGGAUAAAUCUGUAAAGAUGAAACCAUCAGUAUGGCAAUGGUGCCAAACUGAAGCUCUUCAGUAA